AUGGGUGCAGCCGAGUCCUCUCUGCAGACACAGCAGCAGCUCCCGGCGCAGCAGCAAACACAUAAGCACACACAGCAUCAACCUGCGCACCUGCUCCCGGAGCAGCUCGUGCAGCUGCGCGCCAUGUUUGCGCGCGUGUCGCGGGGCAGCCGCUCCGCGUCUAUCGACGACCUGAGGGCGCUGCCAGAGCUGGCGGGCAACCCCAUGGUGCGGCACAUAUUCGCCGUCCUGGACGUGGACGGGGACGGCAGCCUUUCGGUCGACGAGUUCAUAACGGCGGCGCAGCUGUUUGCCACGGUGCGCAGUGACGAGGACCUGUACCGCCUCGCGUUCAGGGUUUUUGACACAGACCAGGACGGCGCCAUAGGGGCGGAGGAGCUGCUGGCGCUGCUGCAGUCGCUGAUGGGGGCGACGUUCAGCGACCAGCAGCUGGAGCGCGUGGCGCGAGCCACCAUGCAGCAGUUUGACGAGGAUGGGGACGGCCGGCUGACGAUCGACGAAUUCAGGCACCUUGUCAGUGCCCAAGACCUGGCCAGCAAGUUCACGUUCACGCUGUGA